GAACUAACAGGAUGAAACUUAAUUUAGUUAUCUUUAUAGGGAUCUGCAUUAUUUGUGGUAUUCGAUACAGCGAAGCUGGCUGCUGCCCAAAACCUAAACCUGUCGAGAUUACUGACGCAAAUAUUGCAGCUGUUGGAGAUUGUUUAAAAGGUUUAGUGAACACAUAUCGAAAUCAAGAUCGAAUAAAGAAGAUCAUUAUUGAAAGAGUUACAACUAUAAAAGAAAAAUUCAUAGUAACUGUUCAAACACGUGGUCUAUUCUCAGGCUUCCAGAAUAUAAUCAGAAACUUCUAUAAUGGGGCGGCAUCCAUAAUUCAUUUAUUACUACCUCGUAAUAAAGAUCUUUUCGAUGUAACCGCUAAUACGAUGAAGAGAAUUUUAAAAUACUGUAUCCGAAACAACCCAUCACUGCUGGAUGUCGCGCAAAAAAUCGUACUUGCUGGAACAUCUAUUGCAAGAAUAGCAUGUGACACUUUUAUAAAACAACUCCUACGUAAAUAAGUAUCUAGAUUGAAUCGAAAUACAUUCAUUUGUCUAGAAUACAGCAAAGUAAACAGUCACACUCAUUAUAUAUUUUGACAAUAAAUUAUUUGGAAGUA